AAAACCCUCCACCUAGAGAUUUCACUCCUCUCUCUCUCUCUCUCUCACUCAUUUUUUUUCUCUUUCUUCUAUGAAUUUUUAUUUCCCUUUUUUAUUUUAAAAUUUUAAUUUCUGUAACUUCUCCGUAAAAGAGAGGGUGAAGAUAAAUAAAAAAAUCUAGGGGAACAAAUCAAAACCCUUAACGAUGAUGCAGCAGGGUGGUAGUACAACCACAUCCGCCGCAACAGAAACGGUGCCGCUACAACAUAACGAGUCAGCCGCUACAGAAGCUGCGGCAGCAACAUCAGCAGCGGUUGGAGCUUUUGAGGUGUCGGAGGAGAUGAGCGACCGUGGUUUUGGAGGAAACAGGUGGCCGCGGCAGGAAACGCUUGCGUUACUGAAAAUACGAUCUGACAUGGGAAUAGCGUUUGGAGACGCAACCGUUAAAGGACCCUUAUGGGAAGAGGUUUCCAGGAAAAUGGGGGAGCUUGGUUACAUAAGAAACGCAAAGAAAUGUAAAGAGAAAUUUGAAAACGUUUACAAAUACCACAAAAGAACCAAAGAAGGCCGUACCGGAAAAUCCGAAGGCAAAACUUAUCGCUUCUUCGAUCAGUUAGAAGCUCUCGAGACUCACGCAACCUCCUCUUCACACCACCAUCAACCGCAAUCGCAACCUCACAACAACAGCUCCAUGUUCUCCACUCCUCCUCCGGUAACAACUGUUAUACCGCCGACAAGAAACAUCACUCCUUCGUUUCCAAACAUCUCUGGAGACUUUCUGUCGGAUAACUCAACAUCGUCUUCGUCUUCUUAUUCGACUUCUUCUGACGUUGAGGUUGGCGACACGAAGACGACAACCACGAGGAAGAAGAAGAGGAAGAGGAAAUGGAAGGAGUUUUUCGAGCGGUUAAUGAAACAGGUUGUUGGUAAGCAAGAGGAGCUUCAACGCAAGUUCUUGGAAGCUGUUGAAAAGCGUGAGCACGAGAGGAUGGUUAGAGAAGAAUCUUGGAGAGUUCAAGAAAUUGCUCGAAUAAACCGCGAGCACGAGAUUUUAGCUCAAGAACGCUCCAUGUCCGCGGCUAAAGACGCCGCGGUCACGGCGUUUCUUCAGAAGUUUUCAGAAAAACCGAACCCUCAAUGCCAGUCAAUCGAACAACCGCAAAUGCAGGUUAUCCACAACAACCAGCAGGCGACACAGCAGCAAACGUCUCAAACGCCACCUCCUCCCCCUCCUCCCCCUCCUCCCCCUCCUCAGCCGUUACCGGCCUUAGACACUAUGAAAACGGACAAUGGUGAUCAGAACAUGACUCCAGUGUCGGCAGGAGCCUUGAGCUCUUCGCGGUGGCCAAAAGUGGAGAUAGAGGCAUUGAUAAAGCUGAGGACGAAUCUUGAUUCAAAAUAUGAAGAGAACGGACCUAAAGGACCGUUAUGGGAAGAUAUAUCUGCAGGGAUGAGAAGGUUAGGAUUCAACAGGAACUCAAAGAGAUGCAAAGAAAAAUGGGAAAACAUUAAUAAAUACUACAAGAAAGUCAAGGAGAGCAACAAGAAACGCCCUGAAGAUUCCAAGACUUGUCCUUACUUUCACCAGCUUGAUGCUUUAUAUAGAGAGAGGAACAAGUUCCACACCAACAACAACGUAGGAUCUUCUUCUUCAACAUCCGGUUUAGUCAAACCGGAUAAUUCGGUUCCUUUGAUGGUCCAACCGGAGCAACAAUGGCCUCCAGUUACGGCAACUACGGUUGGUGCAACGGCUAAACCCGAUCAACAUCCUCCACAGCCGUUGGAUCAGAACUUUGAUGAUGAAGAAGGUACUGACCAAGAAGCAUAUGAUGAUGAGGAAGACGAUGAAGAGAAUCAAGAAGAGGAAGGAGGUGAGUUUGAGCUUGUACCGAGCAAUAACAAAGACUAGUAAUCUUUGUAAGUUUUGAUACAGAAGAAGAGAAUUUAAAUAUUGGAAGGGGUGUUUUUUAUCUUUGAUUUUUAUAUACUGAGGAAAAAUUAAUAUUUUGAAAAUAUUAAAUAAAUGUGAUAUAAUUGUUUUGGGGAUAAUAAAUAAAUUAGAAGUGUUAAUCGAUA